AAAAAAAGAAAUAGGCAAGCCAGCACAAGUCAAAAUCAAUUGAAAGGGUAGAUUUUAGAGGGGUAGAAUGCUUUGCGUGAGUCCUCAAGUUCUGACUUUUUAUGCCCCAUAUGAUCGAAGUCAAAGGAGGAUAGUGACUCUGCUGAAUCCCACCAAUAGGCAGGUUUUGUUCAAAAUCAAAUCAAAAGUCUGGCGGCACUACAUCGUGAUUCCAAGUUCCGGCGGAAUAGAACCUUAUACCUUCAUCGAGGUCAGCAUUAGUCUGAAAGACUUGAAUUUUCACGAGGAUCUAGAUUACAAUCAUCAAUUUUCUAUUCAAUAUAUGAAUGCUCCUCGUCAUUACUUUAAUGGCCAGACAAUUCUGCCAAUUUUCGGUGAAGCUUCCCGUAGAAAUAUUUUCACAAAAAGCCUAUUCGUUCAUCUGGAGGUUAAACCCAUCUCUUUGGCUAAUUCUAGCCUGGAUUCUCUAUCUAGAAAGGUCAAAAUAAAUAUGGAAGAAGGUCUGCAGUUAAGAGCACUCUGUCCCAAUUGUCCAAAGGUGUUGGCGGCUUCUCAGGAACAGAAAAAGACCAAGAGAAACGGUCUUAUAUCCAAGCUCGUCAUUAUAGGCUCCUUGGUUGCAGUUGUUUUUAUAGCGUAUAUGCAACGUGUGCAAAUGUAUGAUGUGCUGAUAGACAACUUUUACUCAGAAAAAGAAUUGCCAUGA